AUGGACCCACCUUUAUCGUCUCCGUCAACAGCAAACGCCGCCCUCCCUCUGCCGCCGUCGGCCUCCGGAGACGGAAGCGACGGAAACUUAGACGACGCAUGGUAUGGAAACAUCCAGUACCUGCUCAACAUCUCGGCCAUCGGGGCUCUCACUUGUCUAUUGAUCUUUGUUUUUGUGAAGCUUCGUAGCGACCACCGCCGCGUGCCGGGCCCCACAGCCAUCGCCUCCAAGCUUCUUGCCGUGUGGCACGCUACCAGCCGCGAGAUUGCGCACCACUGUGGCGCUGACGCCGCCCAGUUCCUGCUAAUCGAGGGCGGCAGCUCCGCCAUCCUCCUCCUCCUUGCCACACUCGCAGUUGCAGUUAUGCUCCCCCUCAAUAUCUACGCAGGGAAAGCCCCAAUUUCUGACCAAUUCUCGAAGACCACUAUAAAUCAUAUUGAUAAAGGUUCGCCUUUGCUCUGGGUCCACUUUAUUUUCGUUGUUGUAGUUGUUCUUUUGGUACAUUACGGUAUAAAUGCUAUUGAAAGUAGGUUGAGAAUUACCAGGUUUCGUGAUGGGCAUGGGAAUCCAAGCGAGCCCAGCUCGAAUUCAAGUGCCAUUUUUACUAUAAUGGUUCAUGGGAUUCCGAAAACUUUGGGGUUUGAUAGUACCCCGUUGGUGGAGUAUUUUCAACACAAGUAUCCUGGUAAGAUUUAUAGAGUGAUUGUGCCCAUGGAUUUGUGUGCAUUGGAUGAUUUGGCAACGGAAUUGGUGAAGGCCAGGGAGAAUAUAUCCAAGUUGGUGGCAAACAUUGAGUCACGGGGGCUGGUGGGUGAGGGCGAGUUUGUUGAUGAUGGACCUGAAGAAAGUGGGGUGUGGGAGAAGCUGCAUUUUCUUUGGAGGAGGUUGAAGGAUUUGUGGUAUCGAGUGGUUGAUGAACUGGGUUUCUCGGAUGAGGAGAAGCUGAGGAAGUUGCAAGAGUUGAGAGCUGAUCUUGAGAUGGAAAUGGCAGCUUAUAAAGAAGGGCGAGCAAGGGGUGCUGGGGUUGCAUUUGUCGUGUUUAAGGAUGUUUACACUACUAAUAAGGCGGUUCAGGAUUUUCGCAAUGAGAAAAGGAGGCGGAUUGGGAGGUUCUUCUCGUUGAUUGAGUUGCAACUACAGAGAAACCAAUGGAAAGUAGAGAGAGCUCCGUUGGCAAGUGACAUAUAUUGGAACCAUUUAGGAUCCUCGAAAUUCUCACUGAAACUGCGGAGAGUUUUUGUAAACACGUGCCUGCUGUUGAUGCUUUUGUUCUUCAGUUCUCCUCUGGCCGUGAUUAGUGCCAUAACAAGUGCUGUGCGGAUUAUCAAUGCAGAAGCUAUAGAUCAUGCUCAGAUGUGGUUGACUUGGUUGCAGAGUUCAAGCUGGUUUGCGACCAUAAUAUUUCAGUUUCUUCCGAAUGUUAUGAUUUUCAUCAGCAUGUACAUAGUGAUACCAUCAGCUCUUUCUUAUCUUUCAAAAUUUGAACGGCAUCUUACUGUGUCGAGUGAGCAGAGGGCUGCAUUGUUGAAGAUGGUUUGCUUUUUUCUAGUUAACCUCAUUCUCUUGCGAGCUCUUGUCGAGUCAUCACUGGAGAGUGCUAUUUUAAAGAUGAGCAGAUGUUAUUUGGAUGGUGAAGAUUGCAGACGAAUCGAGCAAUAUAUGAGCUCGUCUUUUUUGUCAAGAUCAUGCCUCUCGUCUCUUGCAUUUCUGAUUACAAGCACUUUCUUGGGAAUAUCUUUUGACCUACUGGCUCCAAUACCUUGGAUAAAAAAGAAACUUCAGAAAUUUCGGAAGAAUGAUAUGCUGCAGCUGGUACCAGAACGAAGUGAAGAUUAUCAGUUACAAAAUCACGACGAAGAGACCUUGCAGAGACCUCUGUUAUCCGAAAGGGCAUCUGAAAUCUUGGUCAGGAAUGGUGCAUUUUCAAAUGGUUCUCCGACUGCAGUAGAUUUUUCUGGACAGGAUCUGUCUGAUUAUCCUCCAUUCAGCAGAACUUCGCCAGUACCAAAGCAGACAUUUGAUUUUGCACAAUAUUAUGCAUUCAAUCUCACCAUAUUCGCCCUUACACUUGUAUAUUCUUCAUUUGCGCCUCUCGUGGUUCCAGUUGGUGCAGCUUAUUUUGGGUAUAGAUACGUCGUGGAUAAAUACAACUUCCUAUUUGUGUAUAGAGUACGAGGUUUUCCUGCUGGCAACGAUGGGAGAUUAAUGGAUACCGUGCUGAGUAUCGUGCGUUUCUGCGUGGACAUGUUCCUUGUUUCUAUGUUGCUGUUCUUUUCGGUAAAUGGAGACUCCACAAAGCUUCAAGCCAUAUUCACACUUGGGUUGCUAGUAAUGUACAAACUUUUGCCCUCGGAGCACGACGGUCUUCAGCCUGCUUUAUUGCAAGGUAUACAGAAUGUUGAUAGUGUUGUUGAUGGACCUCUAGAUUAUGAGACUUUUUCACAACCAACAUUUGAAUGGGAUACGUGUAAUUCUUGA